AGCCAAUUAAUUUUACGUAGCUAUAAUGAAUCUGGUUGUCAAGAAGAAGAACAAGAUGGGGCCGGGCGUUCGCGACUCCGUAGCGUUGUUGCUGGCAGCAUGUCCUGGAUUUUCUGCCGCCGGCGCGCGCACGGUGGGGGUCGGGCCCUGAGGGCGGGCGCCGCCCGGCGUUCGGCCUUUCGUUUUCGUUUGCUUGGUUCUUGUCCGUCGAGCUGCACUCCGCGGGCCUUGCUUGGUCCUACCCGUCGACGCGGCACACAGGCGAAGCUUCGGAGGAGCAUGCGGCGGGCGGCCGGGUCCUAGAUGGUGCAGCCAGCCUUGGAAGCGGGUGCGUUCGCAAUGCUGGCCGACGCUUCAGCGCAGGUUCGGAAAAUUCACUGAAUGCGCGACCCAUAGACGCAAUGCCCUUAAAAACUCUGCUGCGCAGGCGCCCUCCGUGCAGCCGUCUAGCACUUCGGGGAGCUUGGGAAAAAAGUGCGCCGGCACCUAUCAGAACGCGCAGGGCGGAGGGGCUCCCUCAGGCUCGAGCCCCACCGCCCUCAACAACGUGUCGCAUCUGCCGAGCUUUGUGAAGUAUGGGGGGCCCUAUGGGAACAUGCAAAGCGGAAGGUCGUCCAGCUCGACCGCCUUCCAGAACCUGGCCAAUUCGGCCGUGGGGCCUGCGUCCAGCUCCAGCAGGCUGGGGCGCGCUGUGGCAGCCAGUUCGGCGAUCUGGAUGGAUCUUUGACAGCAGAACAAGGGCGCGCGCCGCUUCAAUCACGCGCCCGCGUGGCGCCCCCCCCCCCUCCGGGCGAGAGAGUUGCGCGCCCCGCCGCGCGCAUUGGCUUGGUUAGCUUUGACCUAGGGGGCCGGCCCUCGUUUCGGGUUGGCCGGCUCGCUGGUUUGGCAGAGGCAGCGCUGCCGCUGUCCGAAGGUGCUUGCAGCCACUGCCGCCCCCCUCUUGAUUUGGUUCCCAGCCUGACGCCCGCUACCAUGGCCCCGGCCCGCGCGAGGCGUUUGGGCUCAGUCUGCGUGCCUGCCGCGCCCGCGGGGGCGGACGGGGGCAGUCGGACCGACGCGCCGUCUGGUGCAGCAAUGUAUGUCGCAAUGGGGGGCGUGGAUCCUGCGAUAGUACCGACCCGCAGCGCCGGCCGCACGCGGCAGUGCAACUGCGUACCCGUUUGGCGUAGGCAGGGCAUGGCGACACUAUCGCCAGGCGUGAUUUGGGCCUUGUCCACUCUCGGCCGAGCCUGUCUGUUUGCAGUCCGAUUUG